AUGUUCCAGAAGAAGAUCCCGAACGGGGGCAACGUCCCGGGGGUGCAGGCGCUGGGCCACGAGAAGGAGAGCGGCGGCCCCAACAACGACUUCGGCAUGGACUUCGUGGCCGCCAUGUUCCAGUGGACCAAGGACUUCUGCGAGAAGGACUCGGACGGCGACGGCCAGACCAACGGCCAGGAGCUGGGCGACCCGUGCUGCGAGUUCGAGUUCCGCAAGAACGAGCAGCUGCGCUGGACGCAGGGCGUCUCCCACCCGGGCGACCCCGAGCUCAAGGCGGACCCGGCGCUGUGGGCGGACGUCGUCUGCGGGGCGGCAGCAGAGCCAGAGGCCACAGAGGAGAAGGCUACAGAGGCUGAAGCUGAAGCUGCGGAGGAGACAAAGCCGGAAGCGACGGAGGCGGCAGAGCCGGAGACACUGACUGCGGGCGCUCCGGCGCUGCAGUCGUCGGUGAUGCUCUCGGCCGUGGCGCUGACGGCGGUGGUCGUCUACUUCGCGGUGGUGCGGACUGGACGUCGGUCAACCCGCAACCUGCCGAUCUUCCGGCAGCGAAGAGGAGCGCCCAUGUAGAUACAGUUGGCAUCCACAGCCACAGCUAGGAAGGAGCCCAAGUGUAGAGAGGAGAGAAGAGGAGCUGCUGGGUCUCGGGCGGCUGGCGAUACGAACGAAGCUUAGUUGUACG